AGGAACAUGCGAGCGCAAAGAGGGAUGUUUGGCACUAUUUUCAGCGGACACACAAACCUGCAACUUUCACUGGGAAAAUAAACACAGAAAGUUAUAACGACCGUAACUUAUAUCCAUACUGACAGUGUAAAUGCCUGAAAUGUACGAGAGGCUAGUUUAGUUUGGCCGCAUGAGCUAACAGAAACCUUAAGCUAGGUUUCAGAAUCUGCCACAAUAACACAGGUGUGCGCUCGUUACCUUAAAUGUCGACUGGGCUUUUUUUCUUGAAACCGCAUUAUUUCAAAAACAAGAGAUAAAAGCAUGUAGCUGGCACCGUGGUGGUUAACGGUACCGUGUCGGCCAUGGAGUCCCUCAGCACAAACACUGAGGUGCGUGUAGCGGUGGCGCAGUGUGUCCGGACCCUCUCCGCCUCCAGGGACGGCACAGACAUCGUCAGCGCUCUCCAAACGCUGCACUCCUUCCUGGACGAAGGAGCAGGGGCUGCAGCCGGGUCAGCUCAGGGGGCAGAGUUCAGGAGAGCCCACUAUACCCGCACCCUGCAGUUCCUCAUCAGCAGCAUCAACAGUGACUGGCCGAGGCUCCUCACAGCAGCCCAGCGCACACAGUUAUGGGACGGCCUGUUCCUCCGAGGUCCUCCGGAGCAGGCUCUGCUGGUGCUGAUGGAGGGAGUAGGAUCACUGAGACCUAGUACAAGUCUGGACCAUGUGGUCAGCGUCACUGAGACAUUCCUUCAGAGCGGGCGUCUGGCUGACCUAAUGUGGUCCUACUGUCAGGGGGCAGGUCCCUCCGAUUCCCCCCAGCUCCGAGAGACCCUGUUGGGGCGUUUGGUGGCCCUGCCGGACCUCACUGCCAACAAGUUGCAUCUCAACAACAAGCCUCUUUUUCUUCCUCAGCAGUACUACCCGCUGCUGGCUGCAGAGAUGCUCACCGCGCUGGAGCGAACCUGCCAAGCACUCAGAGAUGGGAAAGACUGCUCCUUGACAUUUGUGGCACAGACACUCGGAAAAGUGUGUAUCCAGGGGCACAGUGGGUUGGUGCUGGCAGUGAUGGCUCCUCGGCUCUCUGUCUGCACAUGCUCAGACAUGGUGUGGCAGAGGGUUUGCUGGAAGCUGCUGGAGAACGUUCCGGAGCGAUGGUUGGAGAGUGUGCUCACUGGAUUGGUGCAGGUUGUCAGCGGGCCUGAUGCUCUGGGCAGGAUCAUGGGAAAUCUAGUGUUGAAGAAUAAAAAGGCCCAGUUUGUUGUGACUCACAAACUGCUGUUACUGCAAUACAAGUAUGAGACUCGAGUUUUGAGAGUCCUCAUGGGCUAUCUUGCAGCAGACAGAGAGCGAAGACUGCUGAUCAUCCAGGUCUUGCGGUCACUGUGCCAGGCUUGGGCCAACCCCAGUGCAGUGAAACACACACCUUUAGAGCAGCAGCUAUAUGUCAGCAAGGCGUUACUGCUGUGUGUUGGACUGCUCAAUGAUUCUGAGCUACAGGAGCUGCGCCCAGAGCUGCUCCAGUGUUUGUUGGGGGGCAUGCAGAGCCACCUCGACAGCAAUGUGGUGCGGAUCAGGCAUAUGGGCAUGGUGGUGGGAGAGUGUCUGAGCUCCCGCAUGGACAUUAACGGGAUCAAGCUCAAAUUUGAGUAUCAGCAGGAUGAAGAAACACAGGAGCUGCUCUCUCUGAUGACUCCCCUCACUGAGGAUCAGCCAGAGCCUGCAUCUGUAAAUGAAAUUAAUUCCCCUGAAGAAUCCAAAGACGUUACUCCAUCCUCUCGGGAUACAUCAUCCCAAAAUAACUCGACACCCCAGCCAUCAAAACCCGACCCAGACUCUGACCUGGAUAGUGAUGAUGAGCUCGCUCCGUACGAUAUGUCUGGCGAUCAGAAGAUGAGCAAAGCAUCCCCACCUCGCUACCUCCGGGACUGUCUUGAAGCCUUCAUUUCCUCUGAUGAUGCGGUGCGUGUGGAGCUCAGUCUGAGAGCUGCUGAGGGUUUGGUGAGGAAGAACGUCUUUACAACCAAGGAGAUCAGUGUCCAGCUCACUAAGGUGCUUCUCCACAUGGAGGAUAAAUACAGCAUAGCUGGCUUCCUGGCUCUCAGACAGGCUACGAUGGUGGCCCUCACUGUUACUGACUGUGUCCCUGUGACCCAGUAUUUGACCACAGAGUUUUACUCCUUGAACUACAGUCUUCGUCAGCGGAUGGAUAUCUUGGAUGUCCUUGCGCUGUCUGCCCAGGAGCUCUCCCAGCCAAUCACUGACAAGGGCGAUCCAUCAAAAGGCUCUGCUCUCACAUCUGAUUUGACCCCAUACCCCGGCAACAACCCUGUGCACUGGCGACAAGUGGUAGAGAGACGGAUUCAAAGCAAGACCAAGCGCCUCAGGAAGGGCGCCACACAGCCUCCAGCCAAGGUCACCCCAAACCGUUAUGCUCCUGUUGCUGGGCACUUCUUUUUCCCUUUGCUCAAGAACUAUGACAGGCCUCAGGCGACCUUUGACCUGUUGGGCAGUGAUUAUCUGGUACUGGGCAGGCUGAUCCACACCUUGGGCCUCCUCAUGCAUCUAGCUGUCAACGCACCGGUGGCCACUCAGAUGGGUCGUGCUCUGCUGGACUUUGUUUGGGUGGUGCGCUACCACACUGAUCAGAUGGUGAGACGAGGGGUCCUGUUCGCUGUGUGUGCUGUGUUUCUGAGCAUGCCCAGUCACAGCCUGCUGGUGGAGCUCAGUGAUCAGCUGCUUGAAGCCAGAGUGUGGCUGGCAGACGUGGCUGAAAGUGACGCUGAUGCAGAUUGCAGGAGCCUGGCUGUCCAGAGUCUGGUCCUGUUGGAUAAGAGCCUGAGGAAACAACUAGAUCCACAAGCCCUGGACCUGAAGUCAUGAUCACAGCAUCAAUAAUCACAAAUUAAAAAGAGCUUCAGUCGAUGGGGCUUUAAUGCACAUCACUCCAUUUGCACCAGUCCUUGCCGAGCCUGGGGACCGGAGUUUUUAGGGGAUGGAAAUGAUGUGUGCCACCCCACCGGAUGCUUGCUGGCAGAGGGACUGGCGGAUGUGGAUGAUCCUGGACACUGAAGGAUGUCCUUCCAGCCUAAGUGCCUGCUGCAGGUGCUGCCCGACUUACUACAUAUCCUGGAACCAAAGGAAAGAAGUGUACAUGUCUAUGCACAUACACGUGCAUAUUGUGUAUUAUGUUCACACAUAUACAUUCAAGUAUAUCUGUAUAUGCCCAUCAUACAGUAUACUGCGUGGAGUAUUCAAAGACAAGAUGAUUAUGCCAUUAUUGUCCAAAAAUAAUAUGUAUGUUAUGAGGAUGUCCUUUUGAACCUUUUUCCUGUAUGGGAACAUCUCUCUGUACUGGGGAUGUUUGUUUACAAAGGACAUCCUGUGAAUGGUCACAUGCAUACACAAUAAAAAUCCUAGUCAUCCUUCCUCACAGUGGUGUAAAAGGAGCAUAGGUGUGUUAUUGUAUGUCUGUUCCCAAACAGUUGAAUAUUUUGGAAGAUACAUGCUGUGUGUUUGUACUUUUCCUUAGUUUAAGGCCACACAUUACUCCUCACUCCCCUGAGUGUUUUCUUCCCUAUUGAGAGAUGAGCUUCAGGGCUGAGACUAGGUUAAAAUAGGCUAUAAUACAGAGGAGAGGCGGAUGUGUUGUUAUUCUUUACUAGGACAGCAACAGGGAGCCCUACCACAUCAGUGAACACUUAAUCGAACAGAAAAGGAAUGUCUUCAUCAUAGUCAUUGUAUCAUAUGGUCAGAAAUUAUUGCAGCAUACUUAUGAUACUAUAAUGUGCACUUAUUAGAAGCUUUUUAAAGAUGUAAAUAAAAUGCCAUUUUGAUAGCAUAACUAUUAAAUGUGUCAGUCAUUUCAUGAUA